AAAAAGCAACCUAUAUUGAUGUUUCGUGCCACAAUGUAAAACCUCAUACUCCGAGCACUUACCUAAAAAGCACGAACUUCUUAGUAACUGGAAUCCAUUCUUGCUUUGGCUUGCCAGCCCAUGGUAUUUCCUCUUUCACAAAUGUUUUCAGUUGCAAAACGAGGCCAGGUCGAACAAAUUUUUCGCUACACAGAUAUGGCGGGAAAGUGAUUCUUGAGAAUGGUGGCACAAUGAUGAGUUAAUGAUGGGUCAUCCUGUCUAUAUUAAUGGAGUUCACAUUGAUUUUCCGUAUGAACCAUAUGGAUGCCAAAUUCAAUAUAUGAGAAAGGUCAUUGCCUGUCUUAAAGAAGGAAAAAAUGGUCUGCUCGAAAGUCCCACAGGAACUGGAAAAACCGUAUCUCUACUAUGUGCUGCUCUUGCCUGGCAACAGACAUAUAUUGCAAACAUGCAGUUUAAGUCGAAUGCAGCAACAAGUGCCAGCUCUGAAUUCCAGAAAGGUGUCAAAGAGACACUAGAUAUGGCUGUUGGAUUUGGGGAUGUGAACAGCAAUCAAUCUAUUCCUAAGAUUAUUUACGCUUCUAGAACCCAUACACAGCUAUCACAAGUUAUCAAGGAGCUGAAGCGAACAUCGUACAAGCCAAGGAUAUGCGUUCUUGGCUCUCGCGAUCAAAUGUGUGUCAAUGAUGAUGUUUUGAGAUUAGAAGGAACGACAUCAAAGGUUUAUGCAUGUAAAGCCAAAAUCAGCUCAAGAUCCUGUAUGUUUUUUAAUAAUGUUGAAGGAAUGAAGAAUGAUAAAAACUUUACCAGAGAGAUUUUAGACAUCGAAGAUCUUGGAAAAUUAGGAAAGCAACAAGGUGUCUGCCCUUAUUUUAUGAGCCGAGAACUCAAAACGAAUGCAGACUUAAUCUUAAUGCCCUAUAAUUAUGUCUUGGAUUUCAAAACAAGGAAAUCGCAUGGUGUUGAUUUGAACAAUACCAUUGUUUUGCUAGACGAAGCACAUAACGUAGAAAAGGUUUGCGAAGAUGCUUCAUCCUUUGAUUUGACUUCUUGUGACCUAGCAAGUGCGCAAAAAGACUGUGAUGAAUGCCAUAAAAUCCUGACAGACAGGCUGGAGUUCAGAGAAGAAGGAGAAGAGAACCAAAAUGACAGCAAUGUUGACUUGACCCCAGAAGAUGUUGUCCAGUUAAAGGACAUAUUUAAAAGAAUUGAGACAUUAAUCGAUAGUGUCAAGCUAGAUAAUGGUAGUUUCAAUGAAAGUUCUUCUUUUUUAUUCAAAAUGUUGAAGGAUGCAAAGAUCGAUGCGUCUACUGCUGGACCGAUUGUCAAUGCUAUUGAUAAAUGUAAUAUGCUUUUGCUAGGCAAUACAACAAGAGGUGUCAGAGGAAAGCAUUUUGCUUUGCAAAAGCUGGCAGAUAUAUUUAAGGUACUUUUCUUUCGUACUGGAGAAGCUGCAGACCUGAAUUUGGAGACUGGUCGUUACUACAAAGUAGCAAUCCAAAGUGAAAAGGUCCCAGUCACAGAACAGAAGCAGCCCAAGUCAUGGGAAACGAAAAAUUCAGCAACAAAAAAUACGUUUGGUAGAACGUUAAGUUAUUGGUGUUUUCAUGCCGGAAUUGCAAUGAAGGAGAUAAUGAAACAGGGAGUAAGAUCAUUGAUACUUACAAGCGGGACUUUGUCGCCGUUAAAUUCAUUUGCCUAUGAACUUGACAUACCUUUUCAAGAGCAGCUUCAAAAUCCCCACGUUAUUGGUCCUGGCCAAAUAUGGGCUGGUAUCAUUGGUAAAGGGCCUGAUGGAGCAGAGCUAAAUUCUUCAUAUGACACAAGAUUUAAAGAGAGGUAUCUUCGAAGUAUGGGAAACCUUUUAGUUCAAGUCGCCCAAACAACUCCACAAGGGCUCCUUGUUUUCUUUCCUUCGUACUAUGUUAUGAAGUUCACAUUGAAAAAUUGGGCACAGUAUAGAGUCAUUGAUCGAAUCGCAGAAAGUAAGCCAAUCUUUUCUGAACCAGAGAACAAGAGAGAUCUAGCCGGUCAAAUGCAGGCAUUCUAUGCUGCUUUGAAAGAUCCUGCUUAUAAUGGAGCUGUGUUCUUUGCAGUCUGUCGUGGCAAAGUCAGCGAGGGGCUUGAUUUUGCUGAUCAGAAUGGCAGAGUCGUUAUUAUUACUGGUAUACCUUACCCUCCACUGUUUGACGAAAAAAUUAAACUAAAGAUGGGUUUUUUGGAUGAGUCCAAGGGAAAUAUGACGCAGUUAAAAGGUUUCGAUUGGUAUCGCCAACAAGCAACUAGGGCUGUCAAUCAGGCAGUGGGAAGAGUUAUUCGGCACAAGAAUGAUUAUGGGGCAAUUUUGUUAUGUGAUUAUAGAUUCUCUAAAAGUGAUGUCAUGGCUGAAUUACCCACGUGGAUAAGGAAACACUUAAAGCUCUAUAACAAUUUUGACCAAGCAAAAAAUAAUUUGAUUAGAUUUUUCAGCAAUGCUGGUAACAAGGUCGGUGCAACAGAUAGGCAAAUUGAGCCAAUUCCUGGCCCUUCAACUGCAAAUGGUCCAGGUCGCAGUAGAGCUUCUGGUAGCGCUUCAGGAGCUCAAUCAAGCAAGAGCUGUUAUAAUUCAGCGGCCGCAAACUCAUUGGCUGUGCUUAAGGCAAACGAAGGGCCGUCUGAGAAGGGCAGUAUAUUUCAACACUUUUCGAAUAAUACCCGGGCCGAAGAAGCUCAAAAUAGCCAUCAAGGGAAAGCGUUUGCAGCCUCUAUUUUUAAAGGUAUUAUCUCGUCUGGUCUAGAAGCCGAUGUUCAACCUAAAGCAAAAAGGCUGAAGAUUGUUUCUAGAAGGCCAGCUGCGGUAGAAGGCAGUGCAAAAGCUAACCCACCUCCUGCUAGGGAUAAAGUGAAAGAGUACAUACAGUCUGUAAAGAGCCUUUGUAAUGAAGAUGAAUUCACAACAUUUAGACUGAUUUUAUUUGAUUACAAGGAAAAUGAAGAUAUCCACCAUUUGCUUAAAAACCUAAAGUUAUUCUAUGGAGAGACGAAAAAAGACCAUAUCCAUAUGAUCAAACAACAUGCGCUGUUGAUAAGAAAGAAACAUUUUGAUUUGUUCAAAAAAACGUGUGAGGAUCUGAUUGAAAGAGUUACAUCAAACGAAAGCGCAUCUACAAAGCCUCAAGCAACAGCAGAUUUUUUCCCGGAACUGUCAGACUCUGAGGAAAGUGACCCUGAAAAGGCUGCUGAUGCUACCAUCAAACCAAAGUGUAUUGUAUGCCUCCAAGGAGCACAAAUGCCACACAAAGCUCCGUGUAAGCAUAUUGCCUGCUACAAAUGCUGGUAUAGUCACAUUAAGAUGUUUAAGAACUGCCCCAAAUGCAAGGUACAUUUACGGCGUAGACACUUGAAGAAAAUACACUUUUUCUGAAAUCCGAGACUGCAUUGCCUAAUCUGCAGGUGACAGCUCUUUUGAAUUUUGAUACUGAAUUGCAGUUCACAUUCAUUGGAAUUCAUUGUGAAGAGAAAACUCAAGAACAACUCAUGAACAACAAUUUCCCCACCUUUUUUCAAAUGGUUUUCAUGAAUAUUAUCAAAUUUUCUACAAUAUAAACCGAUAUAAACAUAGCAACUAAUUUAAUUCAAUUUUGUUUAGAAUUUGAUUUGUAUAACGAGUAAAUAGAAUAUCUUUGGAAGGAACAGUUAAAUUUUCUGUUUCUUUAUUAUUUAUUUCAACUUUUUUAUUCUGAUUUUGUGGAGAGGAACCCUGUUGUGUUACAGAGACUACUUAUCUAAAGCAUUAAGGACAUUACUUCACCUAUACUUUUUCUUUCACCAAGUGAAAAAUUGCUUAUUCUCUCGUUUGUUUUUGUUUUGUGAUAUUUUGUCAAAUAUUAAGUAGUUAACUAGAAAUUGUCCCACCGUUGAAUUCGCCAAAUUAACCUCCACAACGCUAUUGGAGUGAUUGUAAAAUUCAUGUUCCUUCAAGUUGUAACCAUAACAUCUUGACACAUAUUUCGGCAAAAUGAUAAAAGAUAAAAAAAACUCUAUGCAGUUUGGAUUCUUGACCCUUUUUUUGUUCAAAUCUGAAGCAAAGAGUAGGGUCGUUUAUUAAGAAAAAAGGCCAUAACUUUACCACUUUUUCAUUUUGAUUUGUGUUUUCCACAUAGUUAAAAUAGUAUUAAGAUGCACCAAAUGCAAAACCUUUAAAAGUGAGAUUUUAUUAUAAGCCUUCUAAAGUAAUGUGACAUUAUUUUGUGCAAAGCAUCGUUAUUUUCUUUAUUAUUUCAUAUAAUCAAGUGAAUAAUAAUUUUUCUGUAAUCUUUGAAUUUUAUCAAAUGCAGUGCUUGUGUAAAAAGGAUGUGGAAAUACGAAAUAAUUGAGAUUUUUUUGGGAUGAGAAUACAAAUAUUUAGGCCUUUUAGAGUCUUGAAAUAUGAAAUAACUUUGGUUGCCAGUAUGAAAUAAUAAAAUAACUAAAUACCUCUUUAAAUGUUGUCUGAGAAUUAUCUAUUUGAUAACAGCAUUGACUCAAUAAGUGACUAUUGUAGAGCUGUUAAGAUAACAUAUUUCGCCGUGGUUGUUCUUUUAAAUAUUGCAACCUUUUUAGGGGUUUAAAAGGCUUUUCAUACUUCACGUUUAGGAAAAUUACCAGCAUCAAAUAAUAUCAUAAAAAUGUUUUUAUCUACAUUGCUUGUUCCACACAUACAUACUAUGAAUUCUUCCUAAGACCACUAAGCAACAGUUUUGUAAACCAUUUAAGUUGCAGGAUUGAUUUGCUGAUAAUUAUAUUCAAAAAGAUAUUGUUCA